AUGGGACUCACCCACUCCGUUAUAAAACCUGAAAGUCCUCGAGGGAAACACAGAGUUCUAGAACAAACAGCUGGUAAAGGAUCCAGGAACAAGAGAUCCAAUCGAUAUAGGCCGGCUCGGCAUGAUAGUCACAGCGAUAACAGACAUUAUCAGAGGAGAAAGAUGGACGAAAUGGAUAUUUAUCUCCCGGCGGGUAAAUACGUAGAACUAAAUAAUCCGCAUCACGAGUACAUGAAUUAUGAUCCCACACCGACAACCUACUUUAGAAAACCGUUGCCAACCUUUGAUUAUUACAUCACAUCUAAUCUUCGUCAUCACCCGCCAAAAACCUCUGCGCAUACUAAGAAGGUUGAUACUCAUCACGGCUCCACUCAUAUCACCAAACCUAGACAUACGACUCACGUCACCAAAUCCAGACAUGCCACGCCUACUCGUUCGCAUACUACAAAACGAGCGGAAACCACGAAAUCCUCAACUACACAUAAAGCUUUGGCCAAUAAGAAAAUUUCUUUGAAAAAGGUGAGAUGCGGUAAAAUUUACCUGGCCGGUGACACCGAUAGUGAAGAUAACGAGAACUAUGAAAAUAAUACGGGGAGAAUUGUGGGCGGAGAGGAAGCGAGAGCCGGCGAAUGGCCUUGGUUGGUCAGUCUUAGGUAUACUGGGCUUCACGCAUGCGCAGGAACAAUCAUAAGUCCGAUUCAUAUCUUAUCGGCUACCCAUUGUUUUCCAGGUUUCGUCGACGUGAAAAAUUUUACUAUCGUAGCAGGAACUCACGUAAAAAAUAGCCGAAAUCUGCCCCUCGAACAAGUGAGAUCCAUUAAAACACUGGUAAAGCAUCCCCAUUUCGAUAGAGAAAGCAAGUACGAUAACGAUAUAUCGCUCCUGAUAAUUGACAAACCUUUGGUAUUCGGGGAAUACGUUCAGCCGGCCUGCGUGCCGAGAUCAGGAGAAAUCGUUCCUCCUUCUACAGAAGAUUGUUGCAUAGCUGGGUUCGGAGACACGAAAGACACGUCCCAAGAAAUCUUUUUGAACGAAGUGUGCAUUCCGAUGAUGUCACCCAAACUUUGUAAUUCGACAGACUACUACAAUGGCCGAUUGACAAGAACCAUGACCUGCGCCGGCUACGAACAAGGAGGAAAGGAUGCCUGUAAAGGAGAUUCAGGAGGACCUCUGAUAUGCGAUGUCAACGGUUACUCUAAGCUAUUCGGGAUCGUAUCGUGGGGCGAAGGCUGUGCCAGGGAUAAAAGACCCGGCUUAUACACUAACGUAUCCCUAUUCUAUGAUUGGAUUGUGCAAAACUUAUAAAAAAAAGAAGAAAAAGAUGUCAUAAAUAUUUAUAAAUCAUUUUUUAAAUUAUAAUAUAAUAAUUAUUAAUUUAAAUAUAUUAUUUAAAUGAUUUAUUAUAAAUAAGUUAUUAAAUAAAAUCUAUUCUGUA